CAGCACUUGGAUUCAAGUGCAAAAUUUAGUCUUUGUAAAUGGUUUCUGCGAGCGUAAUUUUACGGCAGCUUUCAAAAUGAACGCGGAUGAGGGACGUGCGGAAUCAAAGAAAGAGCUUCCAAACAAAUCACUUCUGCUGGCUGUGUGUGCUGCUGGCAUCGGGGGGACCUUUCAGUAUGGAUAUAAUAUAUCUGUCAUCAAUGCACCCACAGCGUAUGUGCAAGAUUUCAUCAACCAAACCUGGAGCAAGCGUUACCAAACUCAAAUAUCAGAUGAUGGUCUCACCCUCCUCUGGUCCACUAUCGUGUCCAUAUUCACUUUAGGAGGACUUAUAGGGGCAAUGAUUGGUGGAACAUUGUCUGUGAGGGUUGGAAGAAAAGGGACACUGCUGACCAAUAACACAUUUGCAUUCCUGGCUGCUUUGCUGAUGGGUCUGAGCUAUCCUACAGGGUUAUUUGAAUUACUCAUCAUCGGACGUUUCAUCUCUGGAUUAAAUGCAGGCAUUUCCAUUUGUGUUCAACCUCUAUAUUUGGGAGAAAUAGCUCCGACUUCACUGCGUGGUGCUAUGGGAAUGGGAACCUCAAUUUUCAUCACUGGGGGGAUCUUUACUGGACAAGUGAUUGGCCUCAGAGAGCUCCUGGGGAAAGAGGAGUACUGGCCCAUCCUGCUCUCCACCACCUGUAUCCCCGCUUUCCUGCAGCUCCUGAUCCUGCCCUGGUUCCCUGAGAGCCCACGCUAUCUUCUCAUCGACAAAGGGGAUGAAGAGGGUUGUAAGAAAGCCCUGAAACAGCUGCACGGUAUAGCUGAUUGUGAUGGUGAACGAGAGGAUAUUGAGAAGGAGAGGAAUAACUUAUCAGGUUUACAGGCCAAGAAACCCUGGGAGCUCUUUGCUGAUCGCUCUUUACGCUGGCAGGUUCUCACCAUCAUAUUGCUCAACGCUGCACAACAGCUGAACGGCAUUAAUGCUAUUUACUUCUACGCAGGUUACGUGUUCAAACAGUCUGGUAUUCCCAGUGAUAAGAUACCAUACGCCACUGUCGGCACUGGUGCCUGUGAAUGCAUCACCGCUUUAACAUGUGGUAUGCUCAUUGACUGUCUGGGAAGGAAAGUACUCAUCAUGGGAGGAUACACACUGAUGGCUAUCUGCUGCGUUUUAUUCACGCUGACCCUAACUUUUCAGGAGGCCAGCCCAGUUGUUCCAUACCUCAGCAUGGUCUGUGUUUUUGCUUUCAUCUUAAGUUUUGGCUUGGGACCAGGUGGCGUGACUAACAUCUUAACCACUGAGCUGUUCACGCAAAACUCGCGCCCUGCAGCGUACAUGCUUGCAGGGUCAGUGAACUGGUCCAGUUUCUUCUUUAUUGGCCUGGUCUUCCCCUUCAUUGUGCUCGGACUGAAGCAGUACUGUUUCCUGGUGUUCUUGGUUAUCUGCUGCUUGGUGAUAAUAUACAUCUUCCUUGUUGUCCCUGAAACCAAGGACAAAACCUUUCUGGAAAUCCAGAAUGAGUUCCAGUCGUCCAAAAAGAGGCAGAUCGGCUGUUCGGACGGAGCAGGGACGAUACUGUUGUCAACUUCAAUAUGAAAUGUGCCUCGUUAAACAGGGUUAUUUAAUCAGUGAUUCUUUAUGUCACACAAUAUUUAUCACACAAAUCUGAAAUAUUUAUAGCAAACACAUGAGAUAACCUCCUGAGACCCAGGUUCAUGUUUGGGAUGCAAUUUGUAAUUUUGCCUUGUUAUUUUUGAUUAGUUAGACAUAAACUAAGUUUUCUCUUUGAGCAGGGAGUUGUUACUUUAUUACAAAGCUGUUACAUACUUUUGUUUUUUUAUCAAGUCCUAAUAUUGGGAUAAUCGGGUCAUUUUACAGCACAAUACAAUAAAGUCAACACGGCUUAACAACGUAUAAAACACAGCUGAGCAGAAUGAAGUAUAAGGUGCAGAACAGCAAAAUGAAAUACGCAAAUAUGAUGAUGCAGGGUCUCAGGUUAACACUCUCACCAGCCACUUUGUUAGGUACACCUACUACCUCUAAUCAGCCAAUCAUGUAACAGCAACUCAUUUAAACAUGCAGACAUGAACAAGAUGACCUGCUGAAGUUCAAUCUGAGCAUCAGAAUGAACAUUUAAGUGACUUUAAAAGUGGCAUCGUUAUUGGUGCUAGACAAGCUGGUCAGAAUAUUUUACAAACUGCUGAUCUACUGGGAUGGUCUCAAACAACCAUCUCUUCACAGAGAAUGGUCUGAGAAAAACUUCUGAUGCCAGAGGUCAAAAGAGAAUGGGCAGACUGCUUUGAGCCGAUAGGAAGGAAACAGUAACUUAAAUAACCAGUCGUUACAACAAGGCACAGAAAAGGAUGACAUGUUGAACCAUUACAUCCAGAAAACCACACCAGGUACCACUACUGUCAGCUGAGAACGGGAACCUGAUGCCACAAAUUCAUAUGGUUCACCAAAAUUGGACAACAGAAGAAUGGAAAAAUGUUCUCUGGUCUGAUGAGUCUGAGUUUCUGUGGCAAUAUUCAGACGAUAGGAUCAGAAUUUUAAGGGUUAUAUUAAGGGUUCGGGCUGUUGGCGAUGUGGGGAUAUUUUCUUGGCACACAUUGUUUAAACCCCACAGCCUACCUGACAGCUGUUGCUGACCAUUUCCUUCCUUUCGUGACCACAGUGUAUCCAUCUGCUAAAGGUGGUCCUGCCCAGUGGAAUCAAAGUGUACCUAAAAGUUUCUGGUGGGUGUAUGUUGCUCAAUAAUGAAUUGUACUGUAAGCUAUAGUUCCUUUUUAGAUCUUCUAGGCAGUUGUGAUUGUGUCUCUUUAGCCCAACUAAUACUGAUGAAGUAAUCUUUGUAUAUAAUAUGUUGGUAUAAUAAAGGCUGGUUUGUGUAACUUUUAAGGUCAGGUCUCCCUUGUAAAAGAGAUCUUUAAUUUCAAUGGGAAUAAUAAAUUUGAUUGAAAUUAAUAAUUUCAAUAAAAUAAAGAUUAAAUUAAAAACAAAAAAUAAAUAAAAUAAAAGGUG